AUGAUUCGGAGAACAAAUGGAGAGUCGAUGGAAUGGAAACACGCCACUUCUCCAAAGACAAAGAAGUUCAAAGCCACCAGAUCCACCAAGAAGGUUUUGAUGACCAUCUUCUGGGACAGCAAAGGAGUGAUUCACAUCGACUACCUGCCCCAUGGCACCAUAAUGAAUGGGGAGUAUUACGCCAAGUUAUUGAAGCAGGUGCGCCAAUCCAUUAAGGUGAAACGCCGUGGAAAAAUCCGUCGUGGGAUUCUGCUUCACCAGGACAACACACCAGUCCACACGAGCCAUGUUGCAAUGACAGCUGUGCAAGAAUGUGGCUACGAACUCCCCAGUGACUUCCACCUCUUUCCCAGGCUGAAAAAAAACCUCCGGGGCCGGAGAUUUGAAGAUGACAAUGAGCUAACUGUUGCUGUGGAGGGUUGGUUAGGGGACCAGAAUGUUGACUUCUACCGAUCGGGCAUCAGUGACUGGCAAACUAGGUGGAACAAGUGUGUGGAGUUGGGAGGGGACUAUGUUGAAAAAUAA